GCCGCUCGGAGCCCCCGGGAGCUUCGCUUUAAUGAAUCGACGCUGACGUAGCAGCUUCGUUUCUGUGCGAUGGCUCGAGGUGUCUGCCCGGACGAUGCCUUCGCGGUUAGGGCUUCGCUGCUGCGUUUUAUUUGUCGCUGCUCAUAGGCCGUGAGAUCUGAUGUUACGAACCUGACCUCGUUCACCUGAAAUGCAGUGCGGUUUUAACGCGUGAGCGCAACAGCAGAGAAGUUUCAAACGGAGAAGUUUGCCGGCAGAGGAGGAGCGGUCGUGUUUGUUAUCAUGCCUCUUUAAUGUUUGAUUUUUUUUUUUCUCUUUUUUUCCGGUGGUCAAAAAUGGUUUUAGUGCUGGUUGAGCUCCGUCUGCAAACCGCUGGAACAAUGAGGUCACCGUGUGCAGCGCUGAGUACAUCCCUGCUGCUGCUGCUGCUGCUGGUGUGGGCCCGCUCGUCAGUGGGCUGCAACAAGGCACUGUGCGCCAGCGAUGUCAGCAAGUGCCUCAUCCAGGAGCUGUGUCAGUGCCGCCCAGGGGAAGGGAACUGUUCCUGCUGCAAGGAGUGCAUGCUCUGCCUUGGCACGCUUUGGGAUGAGUGCUGUGACUGUGUUGGUAUGUGCAACCCUCGCAAUUACAGCGACACACCUCCAACAUCCAAGAGCACUGUGGAGGAGUUGCAUGAACCAAUUCCUUCGCUUUUCCGAGCGCUCACAGAAGGGGAUACUCAGCUGAACUGGAAUAUUGUUUCCUUCCCUGUUGCAGAAGAAUUGUCGCAUCACGAGAACUUAGUUUCCUUUUUAGAAACAGUGAACCAGCCACAGCAUCAGAACGUCUCCGUUCCAAGCAACAACAUCCACGCACCUUACUCUAGUGACAAAGAACACAUGUGUACUGUGGUGUAUUUUGAUGACUGCAUGUCAAUACAUCAGUGCAAGAUCUCUUGCGAGUCCAUGGGAGCAUCCAAAUACCGAUGGUUUCACAACGCCUGCUGUGAGUGUAUCGGGCCAGAGUGCAUCGACUAUGGCAGUAAAACUGUAAAAUGUAUGAACUGUAUGUUUUGAAGCAGAAGAAUUGUAAUACGCUAACAUGGAGGCCAAAGUAAUCCCUCUCAGUUAGAGAGAAGCGGAUUGGAAAUCCUGCAUUUUGGUGGAGUACCUAAUGGUUGCAAUUAAAUGGAGCUGGUUGAAAAAAGAUGUAUAAAAUUUGAACCUUGUUUUUUUAAAUCCGUGCAAGCAAGGCUAGCUUGUAGAAUUUUCAACAUUCAGUUUUCUUUUUCUUCUGCUCAAAUGGUACAGCCGUGCUCAUCCUUGCUGUUCUGGUUGUUUUCUUUUGAUUUGAUACUAUUGACUAUAUUGGUUUUCAGAAUAUAAUGCAAUAUCCUGUAUUUAGAUUAGGGAAAACUUAAGAAUACGGUAAUGAGUUUCUCACCAUCCAAGUUCAACAAAUAAAUAAAUGGAUACUGAGUUGCAGGGAGAGAGUUCUUGAGGUGCCUGGUCUUUGUGGUUGGUUUGUUUGUUUGUUUUUUAACUUUAUUGCCCUCUAGUUUCCGAGCUUAGCCUUCUAUUGUGAAAAUGUUAUUUGGGGAGAAAGAAUAAUUAAUGCUUCAAGUCUAAAUCGUGGGCCGUCAUGGAUAAAAUCCUGACUUCUUAGAAGGGCUGCCCUACAAAAUGCUGAGUGGGACGCUUCCCUUACCAGUUUUAUUUGCCAUGUUCUCUUACAUACAUUAGCAACUGAAAAAAUCUUUUCAGUCUUCUCUGAGAGACCAAAGCAAGGCUGUUAGGUGCAGUUGCAUCUCCUCCCUUUUGCACUGUUCUCUUAGGGUCACUUAAUCUUUGAACAUUCAGUGCAGUAAAGGGAAGGUGACAUUUUAUUUUGAAUAUAACGAAUAAAUGAGAAAACAAAACAGCAUGCACUAGCAAGUGCUACAGGGUUAUCAGCUGAACAGUUGGCCGCAGAUGCGUUCACAUUUAGUAGGUUGCUAUGAAUAUUUAUUCCAAACCAUAAGUCUUACUUUUGUUUUCCCAUGAGAUGUCAUCGCCAAAGAAGGGAAGAUGUGCUCCCAGAGGCAAAAAUCAGAUGUUCUGAGCAUAGGACACUGUCCAUUUUUCUAAGAAAGAAUUUGAGUAUGCUGACGGUUGCGUGGCAAUUUUAUGCCCCAACUAAGACUCCAUUGAUAAUGGUACUAAGUGCAAAAAUGAAGUGUAUGAGUAGUUAAUGAUCAGCUUUUGGUAUUUAUAAUGAUGUGUUUUUUAGUGCCUUGACUUUUUUAUGCAUAUAUGCAUAUAUCUGUAUGCACACACACACAAAAGAAUUUGCCUAUUCAUGUUUCUCUCACUGCCCUCUGUCUAGAGGGAUUAAACUGUUUUCUAGUCACACCUGAAUAUCUGUACCAUGUACAAAUGAAAGCAGUCAUUUUAAAUAUAUUUUCUUGAAAAGGUUGCCUGAAUGCUUUUUUAUUUUCUCUCAUUAUACAGCUCUUUCAACAAGACAAAAUAAACAUAUAUAUUAAAUAUACUGUCGUGAAAUAAUGUUACUUUCUUCAAUCUCUUUUCUCAGCUGUAAAGAAGUACUUGAAAGGUGUUUAUUGUUUUGAGCUAGUAGAUAAUGAAGUACCUGCAUACUUUAAACUUGCAGUUAAGUGAUAAAUCAUGGAUUUGAACAGAAAACCUUCGCUUUCAAUGAAGGAGCUGAUCUUUGAAUAUUUGAUGAUUCAUAUUAUCUUUUUCUUGGCUUUCUUAAAAUGAGUGGAGGGGGAGAGUUUGUUAAAAGUAGCCGCGACUGCUUCUGGUUGGAGGAUGAUGCAUUGUUCUUCACCAAGAUAGGAAGUGGGCAGUAAGCAUUCCUACAGCUCACUAGCACAGUUAACAUCUUGCAGUGUUAAAUGAUUUGAAGCACUGAAUCUUUCGAGAGUGGAAGAUGGGCCUGAUGUUUCUGGUUAGGUGCCUGCUGUUCUCCAUCUGUGACAACAUUGACGUCACUAGAAUUUCAAUGGGAGGUCAAGUCAGAGGAGCAGCACGGGUGGAGAGGACUCGCCUGAAACAAGCCUGGGGAACAGCAUAAAAAUGUAAAUACACUUGUCUGUGUAAUGGCCUGAGAGUAGGUAGCAAGGAUGCACGCUUUCUGGGGCUUGCCUUAACUUUGUAAUUCUUGAUGCUGUCUAGAGUUUGCUGUAAGCGUUGCCUGUAUGCCAAUGUCAUACAGUAACAGCAAAUGUAUUUUAUUAUGAUGAGUGUUUUGAGAGGUAUUUUAAUAAAAAGACAUUACUGUU